UUGAUUGCCGCCUAAAUAGUGUCAUGGCGUCUAACAUUUGAUUGGAUUUUUAUACGCUUGCGUUAUCAUAUUACUUUAAGUCUAACCAUUCAUAUUCCAUUGAAUACAGCGGAAUACCAGAAAUUAAGUAACUGUAAUAUGUGUAAUUAAAUUCCUUUCGAAAGUAAUGUGAUUUAUAUUUAAUUCGUGGAAAUAAUUAUGUAAAGAAAAGUGUAAAAAUGAAUCUAUUUAUAACACAAUAUAAAGUGCUGAGUAAAUGUUGUGUUCUUUUUUUUAUAUGGCAAUUUGAUGUUAUGUGUGGUGAAACAUCUUUUAUGACAGAGGUUCCUAACCUUGAAAACGAUAAAUUGUCAUUGGCAAAUAACACUGUUUUGCCGAUCCUUGACAAUUCAAAAAUUAUUAUAAAUACAACGAGUCAAGUGUCUGUAAUCACAAAUACAGAUUCGAUAAAUGAAAAUGAAAGUAAGGUAAAUGUGUCUAAAAAUUCUGAUGAUGAAGUUAAAUUGUCUACAAUUAAUGUUAUUGAGACGACUUUAAAAUCUCAAAGUAUAUCGGCUAAUAUUGAACAAAAUGACAAAAAUAUAACGACUGAAAAAAUUAACACUGAAGUAACGGCUACCUCGAUUAAUGAAAAAAAUGGAAGCAUGAUUACAGAUUAUCCUUCUCAAAAUCCAGAUAUCACUAAUGCAACAAAUACAAGUACAACAACGGUUACACCCGCAGAACCAGUACUUCCUGACAAAGGUUCUGCAGAAGAGGAACAUAAUAGUUCCAUGUCCAUAUUUUUUGUUCUUUGCGUAUUAGCAUUAGGAAUUCUAUUAAUACAUCUUAUGCUUCAAACCAAUUUCCAAUAUCUACCGGAGUCUGUGGUUAUUGUUUUCUUAGGUGGUGCUAUUGGCAUGAUUAUAAAUCUUAUGUCCCAUCAAAAUAUAGCAAAUUGGAGAAAAGAAGAAGCUUUUUCUCCAACUGCUUUCUUUCUUGUACUCCUACCACCAAUAAUAUUUGAGUCUGGUUAUAAUUUACAUAAGGGAAAUUUUUUUCAAAAUAUUGGUAGCAUUCUGGUAUUUGCAAUUGUUGGCACAACGAUUUCUGCAUUUGUUAUUGGCGCAGGAAUUUAUUUAUUAGGUUUAGCACAGGUUGCAUAUAGACUUAGUUUUGUGGAAAGUUUUGCAUUUGGAUCAUUAAUAUCUGCUGUAGAUCCAGUUGCUACGGUUGCAAUUUUCCAUGCAUUAGAAGUCGAUCCAAUUUUGAAUAUGUUAGUUUUUGGAGAAUCUAUUUUAAAUGAUGCAAUAUCCAUUGUUUUAACUACCUCGGUGUUAGAAUCUAAUAAUGCUACUACCACUAGCGAAGCAAUUAUUCUUGGCAUAAAUAGAUUUUGUCUCAUGUUUUUUGCCUCUGCUGGUAUUGGAGUUGUUUUUGCACUUAUAAGUGCUUUACUAUUGAAGCAUGUAGAUCUUAGAAAAAAUCCAUCUCUAGAAUUUGGAAUGAUGCUGGUGUUUACAUAUGCUCCUUAUGUCUUGGCGGAAGGCAUACAAUUAUCUGGUAUUAUGGCAAUAUUAUUUAAUGGAAUAGUGAUGUCACAUUAUACUCAUUUUAAUUUAUCAACCGUUACUCAGAUUACAAUGCAACAGACUAUGAGAACUUUAGCUUUUAUAGCUGAAACAUGUGUCUUCGCUUAUUUAGGAUUAGCUCUCUUUAGUUUUAGGCAUAGAGUCGAACCUGCUUUGGUCGUAUGGUCUAUUAUAUUGUGUCUUAUUGGUAGAGCAGCAAAUAUUUUUCCCUUAGCUCUUCUUGUUAACCGAUUUAGAGAACAUCAAAUUACAAAAAAAAUGAUGUUCAUCAUGUGGUUUAGUGGUCUUCGAGGUGCUAUAUCAUAUGCACUCUCUCUUCACUUAGAUUUUAGCGAUGAAACUCGUCAUGUGAUUAUUACAACUACAUUGAUUAUUGUGUUAAUUACAACAUUAAUAUUUGGUGGCUCUACAAUGCCAUUGCUUAAAUUUUUGCGAGCAGAAAAGAAACCAAAGAAUAGUAGAAGAAAAAAGAAGGAUAAAGAAGUUUCAUUAAGUAAAACAAGAGAAUGGGGUCAAACAAUCGAUUCUGAACAUUUGUCAGAACUAACUGAAGAAGAAAUGGAAGUAUCUUUUCUCCAAUCUCGGAUUCAUGGUUUCGCGAGAUGGGAUCUGAAAUUUUUCAUUCCUUUCUUUACUCGAAGAUUUACACAGCAAGAACUGAAAGAUUGUAAAUCACAAAUGACAGAUCUAACGAACCAAUGGUAUCAAGCAAUUAGGAUUAGUCCAUUAGAAUCAGAUGACGACGUGACGACUACAUCAACAGCACAAUUAAAUAUUAAUGUUUCUGGAGAGUCUGGAAACGAAAGAUGGAUAAAGAAUAAAAAAGGACAUUCUAGUCAUGGGUCGAUAUUAAAGAUGAUGAAGAAUGGUCUGAUUCAAAUUGAAGUUUAUAUAAUUGUUUAAAGAAAUAAUACUAUAUCAUGCAGCGAUAUGUAAUUGUACAAUAAGUGACUUUUAAAAUGUAAAAUCUGGCAUAUCUUACUUAAUUAUUAAUUUAAUAUUGACUCUGUGUGGAUAAAUUUCUAGAUAAUAUUAUAAUAUAUGACUUCUUUUUUACAAUUAGUCAUAUAUGGUACCCUUCAAUAUCCUAUUUAUAAUUUGUCACUAUAAGUGAACGUUAAAUCUGUUAUGUUUUUAUUUGAAAAAAAUGUGCAUAUUAUAUAAACAUUUUAUAAUUAAUUUAAUAAUUUAUGCUUAUAUAACUUUAUUACAGAUUAUAAUGGAAAGUGUUACAGUAUUUAAGACUUAAAAUUAAACAGAAAUUA